AUGAUAGGUUUUCUUGGUCCAUCCUCAACGUGGGCCUACAGCCGCCAGAAGUGCCCGGAUGGCCGAGCACUUUCUCUCGAAUGGCCACCAGGGAGAGCCAUUGGCCCGCUGAAGAUGGACCAAAUCCCCUCCCUCGACUUUGCCAUGUAUUUGACAAACACUGUCAGGUUUCACUUGGGCCAGUUGUAUCACUUGUUCCACGAGAAGACGUUCAUGGAUGGGUUACACGAGUUCUACGCUCGAGGACCACAGGCCGAGCCGCUCCCGGGUGGUCACUUGUGGUUCGUCCACUUUCUUUUGAUCAUGGGUUUUGGCCAAGCUCUGCUGUCCGGGAGCAUGGGUAACAGACCUGGAGGAUCCGAGCUCAUAUCACGCGCCAUCGAGCUUCUUCCAAAUUCCUUUGGGCUGUACCAAGACCCGAUUCUUUCUAUUGAAAUACUGUGCUGCCUGGCCUUGUACUUGCAGUCAAUUGAUCAUCGAAACAGCGCUUUCCUCUAUAUUGGUCAGGCAAUGCGCAUAGCUCUGAGCCAGGGACUGCAUCGGGAGCUUAUUGGGGGCGAUCUCACCGAGGAAGAUGUCAAACGCCACCGCGCCGUUUGGUGGACAAUAUACAUAUUGGACCGGAGGUUUUCGUCCCUCAUGGGAGCACCCAAUAUGAUUCAUGAUGAAGAUAUAAUGGUUUCAUUACCCGACUUUGGGCACAAAUCGAAUUUUUCCAAAUCCUUGACGCUGCACGUCGCGUUAUCGCGCUUAUUGGCCAGCGUCCUGGAGAACGUAUACGGCAAGAAUGGAGAGCUUGGGCUUUCCUUUCUGGAAAACACUCAAGAAGUAUUGAGAAAUCUCUCAGGCCUAGCAAGUGACCUUGAAGAGUCAUUUGAGUUUAGAUUCGAUCACUCAGGGCCGACUUCUAGAGUUGCAGCCACGUUAAAUUUAUACUAUCACCAGUGCAUCGUCCUCGCCACUCGCCCAUUACUCAUGUGCUUGAUACGGGAGAUGCUUGAAAAUAUAACUGCAAAACGAAAGCACCGUCAACUAGCAGCACCAAUCAAAGCCCUGCUCAAGACCUCACAAGAAUCUGCGACCAAAUCACUGCGUAUCCUUUUGUCUCUUCAAUCACAGCAUCUAUUAGAGUCUUUUCUUCCCUUCGACCUCGAGAGCACAUUCUCGUCUGCCUUCAUCCUGGCUCUGAUGGCAAUCAUCCCUCAUUGCCCCUUCAAAGAUGUGACGGAGAUUGAUACCAGUUUUUACUUGUUGAAUCAGAUGAUUGCUAGGGGCAGUUUUAUCGCAGAGUUCCGGAAGGAUGAGCUUGAGAGGCUUUUAGAAUUUCUAAGACUGCUCAACGUGGAAUUAUCAGCAACGACCCCAGUGGAACCCCAGUUGGGAUAUCUUGCCGCAACUGCCACGAUGAAUGUCGCCGGACACUUUACGCAGGAUUUCGAUCAAACCAAACAAGCCGCUCAGCUGCCACCCCCCCUAGAAGAGACAAGCGCAGUGAGCGGGCUUUCACCCAACCAGAUGCUGAGUUUGGCAGAGCUUCUUGACCACGAUACCGCGAUUUCUCAAGCAGAUCUGCAUUGGCUAUGGACCAGCACUGGCGUUGCUGACAGGCAGGGAGAGGCCAUGUAUCACGUCGGGGAGGUGACUGACACAUGGGUACCUGGAUGA